UGUGGAGCCCAUUUGAGAGCUCCAUUUACCAAACUUGCCCUUUCCAAGAAUCAGGCCACCGCACCGCACCGAUUCUUUGGUUCGUUCAUCGCCUUGGAGUUUGAGAGUUUACCUGAAAACGUAGAUAUUGGUGGACACAAGACGAACACGGUGCAAUGGGAAGCUCGAGAGGUCAAAGGCUUUCUGGAAUGCAGAAACAAGUACUUAGCCUCUACAGAGGGUUUCUGCGUGCAGCACGUUCCAAAUCGCAGGAAGAACGGCGCAACAUAGAGUCAGUAGUGUCGCAAGAGUUUCGGCGUAAUGCGAAAGAUGUGGAUCGCAAAAAUUUUCUCUACAUUGAGUACUUGCUUCGCCGCGGCAACAAACAGCUUGAUCAGCUUCGCAACCCUGGUACCACUGCCAUAUCUUCCUUGCAACUUCAUUUCUCCAAAACUGAUCAGGCUGGUUAGUUAUCAUGCGCCAGAUUCUCUCAAUUUAUUUAUUCAAAAUAUUGUAAUUCAUAGUUCAGAUACUUAUUACCUUACGAUUCAUUAUGAACUUGACUGCAUAUAAAAUGAGUGUUUAUGUAUGAAUAAAAUUUUGUUGAUACAUGAUCAAA